AUGUUCUCACUGCUGGCCCUCCCCUCCUGGUUCCCGGGCCUCCCUUCCCUCGACUGGGGCUCCAGCCUCCUGGAUGCACUCCUACAAGGCCUUGUCGGAGCCUGCGGAGUGUCCAUCCUGAGCAGCCUCCUGAAAGUCUAUUUCUUCAUAAGCUGCAGCAAGGACCCCAAUCAACGGCAGCCAGAAAAGAAUCUGCUGCAGGCGCAAUGGGCCUCCCUGGAGACAGUGCAUCUGGCGGGGCUGGCCUUGAUCCUGACCAUCGUGGGGGUCCGGGUGGCCGCCCUUGUGGUGCUCGAAUUCUCCCUCCGGGCGGUCUCCACCCUGCUGUCCACGAGCAAGGGCUCUCACGUCACGGAGAGGCUGCAGCUCUACCUGCUGGGCCAGUACUCGCUGGGCUGUGGGCUGACCUGUGGCCUGAGCUUUCUGCAGGAGGGCGCCCCUCACCGGACACAGAACCUGCUGCUGGCCCUUGGGCUGGCCGCACUGCUUGGCACAGGGGCCCGCCGCCUCCGCCGCCAUGUCUACCGCCUCUAUGAGCUGCAUAGUAGCCAGCACUACUGUGGGGUAUGCCUGGGCCUGCUGGCUGGCGCCGACGACCUCCCCAGACUGCUGGGCCGGGCCCUGGCCGUAGCCUUCACCGUGGGGGACCUGGCGGCCGUGGCCCUCAUCAACAGGGACUGCUUGACCACCUCGGAGGCUGUGCGCUUCUGGACGCCGCUCACCAUCUGCUACACACUGCUGGUCAUCUACAUGCAGGAGGAACAACGGCAGCACCCUGGCAUGCAGAGCCAGAUGCAGACGGUGCUGGUGCGCAUGGGCGGCCUCUUUGUGCUGCUGCUGACCGUGGGUCGCUGGCUAGACCUCCUGGGCAUCCUCGUCUCCCUGCUGGGGGAGCUCUGGUGCCUGACAAACACCCGCACCCUGCUCCACCUUUGUCAGAUGCAGGAUUUUCCUUCCCAGAGUCCUUCUGUGUCAGCACCAAGCCAAUCCCCACCGCCUCCGGCAGCUGCCCAGCCCCAGAGUUCAGCCUCUUGA